AUGUUCUACCAACCUGGCAUCACAUCGCAUGGGCUGCCACGGGAUCCCUUCAAGGCCUGUGUGGUUCCGCGUCCAAUUGGCUGGAUCUCCACUCGAUCUUCGGACGGCAUGGACAACCUUGCCCCAUUCUCACAAUUCAACAACCUUACAUUUGAUCCUCCCUACGUCAUGUUUUCAGCCAAUCAAACCGACCUGGCCGUUCGAAAAGAUACUACCGUCAAUACGGAGGCAACAGGAGAGUUUGUGUGGAAUAUAGCCACCUUUGCGCUACGUGAGGCCGUCAAUAUCACGGCGGAGCAGUUCUCUCCAGGAAUUGAUGAGUUCACGCGUGCCGGUUUAGCCAAGGAACCUGCCCGACUGGUGAAUUGCGCCAUGGUGCGUGGUUCGCCCAUUCGGUUCGAGUGCCAGUACCAUAGUACCUUGAGAUUACCUGGGAAUCCUCCUAUGGGUACUGUUGACGUCAUCAUCGGUCGCGUUGUUGCGAUUCAUAUCUCUGAUGAUGUUCUCACUGAUGGUCUUGUGGACAUUCGCAAAGUCGACCCAAUCGCCCGUUGUGGCUACUACCAGUAUGCCCGCAUCACUGAAACCUUUGACAUGGUAAUCCCUGGCAAUGGAAAGGUCCUCUAUGGCCUUGAGGGCAGUGCCGCCCUUAACUCCCAGGAGGCCAUGGCACAGGGGAUGCCUAAUAAACGCAGACCUGCAUUUGACAAGGAAUGA